UUGUGUAGCAGGGGAACGCAGGUUUUCUUCGGCUCCAUCGUGGGCACUGGCAUGCAGUACAUAACGGUGGCGAUAGCCGCCGUUUGCUGCCUGGUGGUAAGCGGAUAUCGUAAUUGUACAGACUCAGACUGCGAGUCUUCAACAUGCAGCGAACUGGAAGUUCCCGUGUCCGGGAGACCUCGGCGAGACCACUUCUGCAGACCGCUAUUCACGCCACCUGCUGUGAGAGAGGAACUGCGAACGUGCGUCUGCAGGAAGGGCUAUGUCCGUAACUCCUGGGAGGAAUGCGUGCCAAGGAAGAUGUGCCUGCGUUGCAAGUUCCAGUGGCAGAAGGAUUUCCGCACCUGCGCGUCUGGCUGUCCGUCGUCGUGCAACAGGGCUGACGACAUUGUCUGUCAGAUUCCGUGUGCUCCUGGUUGCGAGUGUCCUCCUGGCUGGAAACUGCAUCCGACCUUUGUGAGGAUGUGCAUUAGGGCUGAGAAGUGUCCCACAAAGUGUCCACCUCACUCGUCGAUGCAGGAGUGCGUGUCCACCUGCGAACCAAAGUGCGGCCAUUCUCCGCCUCUAAAGUGCAUCACCAGCUGCGGCACGCCAUCUUGCGUUUGCGACAGGGGGUACGCCGAAUACAUGCGAGGUGGAGUGAAGAGAUGUGUGCGACGGGAGAAGUGCGCCCAGAUCCUCGACUUGGCCGAAGUAUUCCGGCCCCGGCACAGGCUUCACGAAAGUGGAGAAACGUCACUCGUCAGUGAUGUGCACCUGGGAGUAGGCAAGCGCUGGCACAAACAGAGAAGUCCCAGGUUGUCCAGCGCUAGAAGAUACUCUGACGAUAGCGUUGCUGUUGCGAACAGCGAAAAUAAGCCCCCGUCUUACAGAGAAUACUUUGAAACAAACUCCCCGAGUUUAUCGCCCCUGUACGAAACACCUCGUGUCACGGUUACAUAUAAUGAUGCUCCUACAGGAUAUAACCCGACGUCACCACCCACUUUCAUUACCUCACCUACACGAGGUAACAUACGACAUGGCGGCGGAGUUAAAAUGCAUUAUCCAUCGUCUGCUUCAUUCGGGAACCCCACAGGAAGUAGCUGGACUGGUUUUCGAGCUUACCUAUGGGCAACUCCAUCUAGGGUCAGAGCAGCGUAUAGUAAGAAUGAUUACGAAAGGUACCCACCAGCUAGAGAGUUCGAUUUACUGAGAGGUUGCGAUGCAGUAGGUUUUAUGUAUUACCCUUCCGGUAAUACGUGGCGGUACAGUCGAAUACGGUUGGAUUGGUUGCGAAAUUCACCCUUAUGGAGUGCCCUCGUUCGCUACUGUAAUUUAUGAAGCACCUUUCUUUGUUACCACUGGGUAAACUACCAUUUCACGGAUUUUCGAAACGGGUAUCGCGUUUGUCUUCUCAGCAAGUUGACGUAGAGACGAUACCAAAUGAUGUGGUAUCAUAGGUUUCGCAAAGCGACUGAUGUUUGCAGUCCGACCGACUGUUUCAAGAGAUAUAGUAACGAUAGUAUGGGAACAUUACUGCAUUUAUUGCAUUUGUGUGCUCACAUGUAUUCAGUGGUCCAGGAUUGAGCGCUUCGCUGUACAAUGCUUAAGUGUGGUUCAUAGAACUACUCACAAGAAGAACUACUGACAAAGCUCGCAACAGAAGUGAAUCGAGUACGUCUCAUGACCGCCAUUUUAAGA